GGCCGAGGCCGAGCAUAAUUACGAUGAGACGAAAAUCAGGUUGAAGUUAAUCGAGAGACAGACAAAAGUCCGAACCCGAUUCAUUGAGGGAGAGUGAUUUACAGAUAGAGGAGGUGGAUGCUACCGACCGCCCGCUUCAUUUUUGUCUUGCGCCGUUGCCAGGAUGAUUACUUACCCUGACACAACAAGGAAGGAAUGCUCCGAGCCUGUGCGAUGAACAACCAAGGUCAAGCUCAAGGCGAACGUGUGACAACAUGAGAAGAUCAUAUUUGCCCGAUGUUAUCGCGGCCUCCGCAACUUCUCCGGCGGUUAGGAUCAUGCCUGCUGCUGCCCUUCGAGUUGCUAAUCGGGUUCCUUCGCAUUUGCGUCCGAGAGUGGUGCGGCGCAACGAAGAAGAACCCGAUCAGACAUUGUCUGUCCCUCACAUUCUUCUUGCUCUUCCAUUCCUUCACCAACUGGCAGAGUCUUGUGCAUCACCUCUUCGUCCCGCGCGUCGUCCUGUGCACCCACUGGCAAGAGCCGGAGACUGGAAUCCGGCUCGGAUUUGACCAAUGCGACAGAAAGUCGCUCGGGGCGGGAACGGUAAUGGCGACAAGUUUUUUCCCGAUAAACGGCUCCGUGUUGGACUGGAUAUCUGCAUUUCUUAUCCUCCCUCCCGAUUUCUUCCUGCACGACCACGAUGUGACAAACGCUUUUUUUGUACCACGCCACAGAUACGUCGCGAAAUUAAACGCCUUCCGCCGCGCCGCGUGGUUUAAAGUCUCGGAGCUGGGGACGGGGAGGUUGCGAGCAUGGUUUUCCGAGAUGAUGAACCUCGAAGGGUUUCAUAGACUUCCGCCCUGGAUGGUGAAGCAGCUGCUCGACUACGAACUCGCGAGGAGAGCGACGAAAGGCGGGAGGCAAAGAGUAUUGCGGACGACCAGGCGAGGAGCGAUUGGCAAUGCCAAGAGAUCAUCUCUCGAGGACAACAAGCCACCGACUUUCUCAUUUCCGUUGGACGACCGGGUUCCCGAGCAUCCGCUGCUGCCAGGCAAACCCUGCUCGGUGUUUUCCUUCGGCAUCCAGCAACAAAAGGAUUUCGACGAGUACUAUCUGCCCGCUCCAGAAAGGUCGAAAAAAUCCGCAUCUUCGUGCAGGGUUUUCUCGUUCGCCGAAAAGAGGAACACUGGCGGAACAGAUAACGACCCAGAAGAACCGCCUCACGACCCAGAAGAACCCCCUCGGGGUAGAACGAUCAUAGUCGACGCAUCUUCACACGUGGUCCCUCCUGCAUCCGCAUCGCCAUCGCACCAAGCCCCGAUUUCCAGUCGGCACCAAAUCCACUUCGAGCAGUUGGCAUUGGGAAACAGCGAUAGCAUCGUCGAUGUCGACAUUAAGACAGUUCAGCAUCUACCCAUGGUCUCAGAGCUGCAGAGCGACGCUGUUCUUCGGCGGCAGCGACAAAAUCAAGAAGACGAUGCUAAAACCAACCCAUCCGACCGCUUUAUCAGGCAAAAACGGCUGCCCACUGUGAUGAAAGAGAACCAGGUCGGGUUUCUCGAUGUCCUGCGUCUUGACAUCGGCGGUGCCGAGUGGGACGCUUUGCGAGAUGUAGAAGCCAACAUCCAAAAAAUCGGCGUUUUGUCGGCGAAGUUUCGCUUUUUGCUAGGUCAUCGGGACUUGCCGAAGUUUUUUUCGCUGCUUUGCGACCCAGAGGUGGAGCAGGAAAAAGCGUUGCAACAUUUGUGCUUUGACCUCGCGGUGUGGGAACAUUAUGAUGCUGAAGAAAUAACUAAAACUACUCCUUAUGAUCGUCCCAACACUGGUAGUGCUAUGGGCGGCUGCGGCUCAGCUUAUCCUUGUGUUACAUUGACAGCAACACGACGCGACCACACCAAAACGAUACAAACACAAAACACACUUGUAACACAUAAAAAGAGAAUACAACCAUAUUAUC